AAGAUCGUCAAAUUCCGUUGUUCACCCACGUUUCACGUUGCUCACAUGAGAGCUAAUAUUUAGCAAAUUUAAGUAUUUCCAAGCUCAAUAAUGAGGCCGUUGACAGAGGAGGAAACGAAGACUAUGUUUGAGAAGUUGUCGAAGUACAUCGGCGAAAACAUCAAACUUUUGGUCGACAGGCCUGACGGAACAUAUUGUUUCAGGCUUCAUAAAGACCGUGUCUACUACAUGAGCGAGAAAAUUCUUAAACUGGCGACAAACAUUUCCCGGGACAAACUGGUGUCAGUUGGGACAUGUUUUGGAAAGUUCACAAAAACCAGCAAGUUCCGGCUCCAUAUCACAGCUCUAGAUUUUCUGGCUCCUUAUGCAAAAUUCAAGGUGUGGGUGAAGCCUGGAACAGAGCAGUCUUUCCUAUAUGGGAACCAUGUGCUAAAAUCUGGUCUUGGGAGAAUCACAGAGAACACAGAACAGUACCAGGGGGUUGUUGUGUACUCCAUGGCUGAUGUGCCCCUGGGUUUUGGAGUUGCAGCCAAGUCUACACAGGAGUGCCGGCGUGUGGACCCCAUGUCUAUUGUGGUCUUUCACCAGGCUGAUGUUGGAGAGUUCAUCAGAAAUGAAGACACGUUAACAUAAACAUGGAUCAAAAACUGGGCUUUAUUUCAUCUGAUCAUCUACAGUCUGAAGGACAGUGUUUACUACUGUACUGUAGUCAUGGACUACCUUUACUCUGACCAUUUUACAAAUUCAUUAAUUUAAGCUCAUUAUACAGAAAAACUUUUGUAGAAUAAAAUGUUUUUGUUAAAAAAAAUAAAGUUCCACAUUUUGAGGUA